AUGGAGGCUUCGGAGAAAUUCCAAGAGUUUACUCUCUUCAUACGCCGCUUGUUGCGGAUUAUCGGUUGCGAUGUGCUGGACGGAUCCUGGAAGAUGAACUUUGCCACCUAUUUCGCGCUGUUCCUCUGUACCGGCUACACGAUCGGCACAGUGACCGCAAUCGUCGUGGCGCCGGAUUUUUUCGAACUACUCAAGGCACUCUCAUUCAUUGGGUUCUUUUUUCAAUCCACCAUCAAGCUGUACUACUCAUUGACGGACCGGAAAGCGUACCACAAAAACUAUUCAAGCCUCGGACGUGACAUCUACGAAAAGCAUCUCGAUGGUACCGCCAGUCAACGGAAAGUGAUCCUACAGAACAUCGACAUUGUGUUGGUGCUGAAGAAUGUGACCGCGCUGCUCUACUUUGCGACGCUCAUCAUCUUCUCCUUCUAUCCGGCCUACAUGUACUUUGUGAUGCACGUGAAGGUGACGAUGCUGCCGAUACUGUUUCCGGGCCUCGAUAUCUACUCGAUGUACGGAUACGGUGUCACCACUGCCCUGCACGUCAUUAUUGCCAUCUAUGGCCUGAUGGGUGCGCUAGUGUCCGAUAUUGCGUUCAUGCAGUUUGUGCUGCACUUUAAGAGCUUUGCGGAACUGUUCCAGAUUAUGUGCGAAGAGUUUGGGCAGCAACUGCACGAGAAGACAAUCGACGAUGAACCACGGCGCCGAAGGAAGUACGCCAAGUUCUGUCGCCAUGGUAUGCGGGACAUCUAUCGGUAUCAUCAGAACACGAUCGUGUACCUGAAAUCGCUGAUCAUGUGCUACGGUACGAUCUGUGUCGUGAUGGUGAUGACCUGCAGCUACUCCAUCAUGCUGAACCUCUUCCUGGCGCUCAUGACCGAUUGGUACGCGACGUACAGCUUUCUGCUGGUUUCGCUGUUUCAGCUUCUGAUAUUCUGCAUGUUUGGUGCCGUCGUACAGGUCACGAACGGUCGCCUGAAUCGGACCAUCACCAGCCUGCCCUGGUACCUGCUACCGACCCGGGAGCAGCGGCUCUACCAGCUGAUGCUCUUCAAGAGCCAGCUACCGGACGAGAUCUUCAUCCUCGGCGUAGGACCCCUCAACAUGGAAACGUUUACGCUCAUCAUGAAGAAAAUCUACUCGGCCUUCGCCAUGAUGUACAGCUUCCUGGUGGAAGACGCGGCAGGGGAAGGGGGAGGGGCCCUUAACAACCACGACAGCAACAACGGCCACCACGACAACGGAGGAGCAUAUGCUGGCGCUGGUGCUGGUAGCUAA